AUGUCGAGAAGCAGGAUCGGCCCAGACCCCGUUUCAUGUCUGUCUUGCAGGUCGAAAAAGUUGAGAUGCAACCGCAUUCAACCGUGCUCAAAUUGCACUUCGCGUGGGAUCACCUGCCAAUUUCCUCAUUCCCCACGAAGACGAGGAGGAAUAGAGUCGCCUUCAACGAUUCAAAACAAUGCUAAAAUUUUAAAGCGCAUUGAGCGGCUCGAGUCUCUUGUUUUAUCAUCACAUACUUCCCAAAAUGCUCAUCUCGUUGGACUUCCGCCAGCCUGGUCUGGAACCACUGAAACGGUUACGCCGAACAUAUGUGAACAGCCAGAAAAGGUUUUUGAAGAUCUAGAAAACGUCGGCUCGAUACGGGAUUCCCCUUUACGGCCUUUAUCGAACCAUCUAUCGUUUACAAUUCUAGAUGCACACGAUAUCCUAAACCAACAAGAUCGCCUCAAUAACACCACAGAACGUACCAUAGCAUUUCCCACUUACCAAGUAGCCGUUGCCUUGUUUGAGAGCUACGAGACUACCAUAGACGAUGUGUGUCGAAUAAUGCACAUUCCAACGGUGCGAUCCAUGAUGAAAGCCGCUUAUUUGCGAAUCUGUCAAAGCGAAUCUAUUCCACCCGGCCAAGCUGCACUACUACUUGCGAUCUUUUCUCUUGGUGCAUUCUUUUAUCAACCUUUGGGCAACCAUGGAAUAGUGACAAGCGAGCGUGAUGCUAGCCAACUUUCCAGCUUCUUGUGCAAGGGCGCCCUGGAUGUGUUGGACUAUUCGCAUCGGAAUGCCUCGGGAAUUAUAGAAGACGUACAAGCGCUGAUUCUCAUGUGUUAUGUCACCUACCAUCUUGAUGGCUUCUCGGCAAGAUAUCGACUGCUGCUGGCGCAGGCCUCCUCGGUUGCUAGGGACCUCUGUUUACACAGAUUAGAUGUCAAUGAUCAAUUGGCCGAGGACGGUGAGACCGCAGCCCAGAAGCUAGUCGAACGCGAAGUGAAAAGACGAGUUUUCUGGCAUAUAGCAGCGACAGACUGGUUACAGUCAGUCGUUUCAGGGCCGCAAGAAGGUACAUAUUUCAUUCACCCACAACAUGCGAAUGUUCGACUUCCAAAAGACUGCAGCGACGAUGAAAUACAUCUAGGUAUCAAUAAUGACCCAGUAGGGGAGCCUCAACCUACUGGUAUGACCUUCUUUCUUGAGAGAGUUCGACUUGCACAUAUCUGCCGCGAAGUCACCGAUGUACUUCCAUUGGAGACAUCGAAACUGGUCCAAAUUCCGUAUGAGCAGAUUAUCCUUUUAGACAAGAAAUUUCAGGAUUUCUUUUCUGGUUUACCGUUUUUCUUUCGGGUUGAUUCUGAGAGUCGUCAAAAAAGAAAGCUUCUCGAGAUUGUCUACACCAACAUUGAUAUAAUGCGAUACUGUAUUACAACGAUGGCUCAUAGCAGGCGAUGCCGGCUACAUCAAAAGUUUCUGCUUAGGCAAUCCUUCAACAACCGUUAUGCCUACUCAAGAAAAGCAUGCCUAGAAUCGGCACGGGCAAUCAUUCAGAUCCAUGAGGAUCCUCUACAAAGAGAGGGCUUGAGGUCCAAGACAAAGGCACAAAUUGGCAUGGCAGUACACUUUAUACACCUAGGACUCGUGAUCAUGGUCAUGGACUUGUGCAUUAAUAAAGAUGUACCUGGCGAGGAAGGGAGGAAGGAAGAAGUAAAGACAACUUUGGAAACGCUUGAAGGGGCUAGAAAUAUUUCUCCCAUUCUUGGGCGAUCAUUAGACUCGCUUUAUGAGGUUUUGAAAAAGUACAACGUUUCUCUAUCGGCAAACGUUUCGCCGGAUUCAAAGGAAGUGCCUGAAACUGUUUCAGAGACUGAAAUUGGUGACUUCGAUCCCCUUUAUCAUGUGUAUAUGCAGUCGACCCUGCUUGGAUUACACGGAUUGAGCCCGGGUACGAAUUUCGAUGAGUUUUCACAAAACUCGACUCAAUUUGAAACAGACCUCAGCUUAAUUACUUGGGAUAACCUUUUCUCGGCUGUGGAUUCCCGACCAUUUUGA